AUAUUAAUUUUUGAGGACGCCCCCAUCUAUAAAUAACCCCCUAGCUUCAUUUGCCAACACUCGCAAGCAUUUGGCGGAAGUAGCCCAUAGCCAUAAAGGUCAAACCUUUCUUGUCGGCAGUUGGGUUCAUCUGUUCAAGGUUGAGGAAAUGGAGACCUUCUUGUUUACCUCUGAAUCUGUUAACGAGGGACACCCUGACAAGCUCUGUGAUCAGAUAUCUGAUGCCGUACUUGAUGCUUGCCUCGAACAAGAUCCCGACAGCAAAGUCGCCUGCGAGACUUGUACCAAGACCAACAUGGUAAUGGUCUUUGGUGAAAUCACAACAAAGGCCAACAUCGACUAUGAGAAGAUUGUGCGUGACACCUGCCGUAACAUUGGAUUCACUUCUGAUGAUGUUGGUCUUGAUGCUGACAAAUGCAAGGUUCUAGUUAACAUUGAGCAACAGAGCCCUGAUAUUGCUCAAGGUGUCCAUGGCCAUCUGACCAAGCGCCCUGAGGAGAUUGGUGCUGGUGACCAGGGACACAUGUUUGGUUAUGCUACUGAUGAGACCCCCGAGUUCAUGCCUCUCAGCCAUGUGCUUGCUACUAAACUAGGCGCUCGUCUCACAGAAGUCCGCAAAAAUGGUACCUGCCCCUGGUUGAGGCCCGACGGGAAGACCCAAGUUACCGUUGAGUACUACAAUGAAAACGGUGCCAUGGUUCCAAUUCGGGUCCACACUGUGCUUAUCUCCACCCAGCACGAUGAGACGGUCACUAACGACGAGAUCGCCAGGGAUCUCAAAGAGCAUGUUAUCAAGCCCGUCAUCCCAGCCAAGUACCUCGAUGAGAAGACAAUCUUCCACCUCAAUCCCUCUGGUCGGUUUGUCAUUGGUGGGCCUCAUGGUGAUGCUGGUCUCACCGGUCGUAAAAUCAUUAUCGACACUUAUGGUGGUUGGGGUGCCCAUGGUGGAGGUGCCUUCUCCGGGAAGGACCCGACUAAGGUGGACAGAAGUGGUGCCUAUAUCGUUAGGCAGGCAGCCAAGAGCAUUGUGGCCAACGGCCUUGCUCGCAGGUGCAUAGUACAAGUCUCAUACGCAAUUGGUGUGCCUGAGCCGUUAUCUGUUUUCGUCGACACUUACGGCACGGGGAAGAUCCCAGACAAGGAAAUCCUCAAGAUUGUGAAGGAGAACUUUGAUUUCAGGCCUGGAAUGAUCUCCAUUAACUUGGACUUGAAGAGGGGUAGCAACGGACGGUUCUUGAAAACAGCUGCAUACGGUCACUUUGGAAGAGACGACCCCGACUUCACAUGGGAAGUCGUUAAGCCCCUCAAAUGGGAGAAGCCCCAGAACUAAUCCUUCCAUAUGGUCUCACAGGCACUGAAUAAUGUUUUCUUCUGCUGCUAUGGUUCUUCGCCAGAAGUCACGUUUGCGUAUCUCGUCCCUUGUUCGCUUCUUAUAUUUUGUUUUAUCUCUUAUAACCUUUUUCUCUUUGUUUGUUUUGGGCGUUCCUUACAUAUGGAGAAUAGGAUAUAUACCAUACAAGGAAUCUCUAUGGUAGUCUAUUUCAAUACAUGUGGUUUGAGUCUGAGUUUUCAGCAGCUGUAUGUAAAGAAAUGUUGAAGCUGGGGAAUCAGCUGUUGGGACCUAUCAAUUAUUAUUAAUGAAUGAAUUGUUUUGUUUAUAAUUAAUAA